UUUUAGUAGGAAGGAUCUGACAACCUCAACUAGUGUCGUGGCCUCGGGACCCGAAGCAUUGGCUAAGGUACCUUUUAGACUGAAAUGUCGAUGUGGAGGGAACUAAAAAUUCCAGGCAAGUGAAAUGUCAGCAUGGUGUCUUAUCUAUGUUCCUUCAACCCCUGGCCAGGUUUCACGCUGCUGAAGAGGGAGCAGCUAUGACGGAUGGACCAAUACUGCUGUAGUAACCACGCAGUAGUGAGGCUAUGCAGUACAUUAUGCGAUGGCUGCUCAUAUAGGUGAUGUUGUUACCGGCCUGAGCGUCUCCUCUCCACUACAUGCCUACUUAUUAUUUAAUAAAGCUCCACGAACAAGGCACACUCUUGGCCUACCCUAUGUGUCAUUCAGCUUGUUGUCACCAUCCAGCCUCGACAAUAUAUACUUCCACAACCCUUCUUCUUUCUUUUUAUCAUGAUAUUAUCGAGGCUUCGUGGUGGUAGGAGGGGCCGAGGUGAUGACUCCAUCCUAGCGGCGCGCGGGAGGCUGCAACAACAGCCAGGCGCUGGCCCUGGAGGAGUCAUUGUGCGAGGAAUAGCGACGGGCAUAGGGCUUGCUUCUGAAGCGUACCAUCACCACAAGGAAAAGAAGGCACAAAAGGUAAAGGAGGACGGGAACGACUCUUCGCUGAUAACGCAACCAUCGGUGCCUGGUGACCCUAGUUCACAACCAGUGACCUUAUCCCAGCAGGUAGACGAAGCAGCAUGGCAGCUAGAUGAUGCUCAACAAGAAGUCAUGGGUGCCAAAUCUCCCUCACCUGAUGUUACCGAUGAACAGCAACCUAAGGAGCUUGCGAGCACAUUCUUGCAGCGACAUGCAGAGCCUCCUUCUCUGGCGUCAUUAAAUCAACGACUUGCUCUGCCUGUCGUUAUUACCCAAAAGCGACCAGGCAAGCGAACGAGAGGUUUCAUAAGAGCAUACGCACUUGUCCUAGAUGACGUUGGGAUCAAUGAGGCAACCUUCCUAGAGUUCAUUGAUGAUUUAAACAAGGCUGUUCUGCCAAACCCAUGGAUCCAGGCUCUCAAUCUGGCGUCACUCGCGGGAAUGGCCGCACCGGAACCCUUCACUAUUCUCAUAUCUAUUGCGGUCCAGAAAGCAACUAAUGCUGUCAGUGCGGUUCAUAGCCGUUACAAGACGAACCACUUCAUCAACGAGGUCAAUCGAUCCUUCUUCAUGCCAAGGGGACUCAUUGCACUCAUCAUGACCUGGAAGCCAAGUACACCCGGAGAGAUAUUGACAAACGUCAACACCGAGAUGGAUCCAGCAAUCACACAUGCUGUGAACGAAAGCGAGCAGAGUUCGAUACGAAAGAAGUUCUCUCAGUCAAACGGAGCCACGGCGUUUGAGUGGCCUGAAACCGCGCCUUUGGUGUUUCCUAUUCUGGACAAUGUAGCGGCCACAGAUGAAGCGCAGAAGCAGAAUUCCUUGAAAAGAACCGGGGCUUUCGUUGCGGAAUACAUGGAUUCAAGAAGUCGCGCGAAAUGGGCAGGCCAAAAUCCCGACAGUAAGAUGGCUAAUGUCGGCCCCAAGGAGCAAUUUCAUUCCAGAUACUCCGAUCCCAAUCAUCCAGCGAGCAGCGGCGACCCUAUUGCCCUAAUAACUGGAGGGCGUUUCAAAAGCAUUGGAGGUCUUAGAGGUGUUGCUCCACGUCCAGUCCCGCGUUCUCUUGCAGGUCCGGUCAACCCUAGAGGGCUCGUGGUUGGCGGUCAGGGUAUCGUUGGAGCGGGUGUCGGUGUUGCGAGGAAAAUUUUCGAACAGGAUAUUCUUUAUCUGAUGAUUGUGCAGCUUCCAUCAUUGGAACAAAUAGCUGAAGCGCGCACAUAUAUGCCAACGGCUGACUUGCAGACGACCGAUAUUUAAAACAAUUAGGGUGAUAUGGAUAACACUGGUGGGAUUAAAAGACAGGCGUUGACAGGCUUCCCUCUGAAAAUGUUCUCGCGGGGUAAGACAUAAUAAUUGCCAAUCCACUCGCGACCGUCUGUGUCACUAUCAGCCCUAUCGGAGCGGAAGCUCUGAUCAAGAUUGAGUUUUAGAUCUCAGGAACGCUUGCGUGCGGUGUAAAAAAUUUAUGUUGGGUCUCCAUACUGGAUGUAUGACGUCCCAUCUUUAAAUCCGGCACCAGGCACCACCAUCUGCGUGGUGCCUUCAGCGACUUAGAUAGACUGGUGAAAGAUUAUCUGAAGUCAAUUAAUUCUCCUGCGGAAAGAUAUCACAAUGCAGGGCCAGCUUAAAUCGGAGCAGAAGCUCCCUCUAUUCCAUUAGCAUCAAGAGAAAUUUUUAUCAUUAA